UUGAAGCAGCCUGAUCAACUCUUAAUUAACACACUCGCGCAUAAAUGAGUCAUAGUUUGCUAACUUUAAAUAGUCCACUUCUUUGUCUAAGAGUAAUAUCUUGAAAUCCCCGCUACCAGUGCUUAGAAAACUUAAGUAACAUUUCGCUGGAGGGUUAGUAAAAACAAAACCAAAAACUGACAAGCCGGAUCAAUCAAUCAAUCGAGGAGAGCGAUUAUCACCAUCACCACCCCGCCAGUAAUAAUGAGCACCAAUCAGACAUUGUUCUCCUGAAGGAUAAAAGCUAGAAAGGCAGGCAAGGCUGCUUAAAAGCAAGUUCUCCUUUUGGCCAUGGAGCACUUUGUCUAUCCGCCCUACGGCGUUUAUCAAAGCUACGCGAAUACCUUCACCUCCAACCAUAACGUGCCCCCCAAGCCGCCCUCCAAGCAGAAGCAGCCGAGCUGGAAGCAAAGCAAGAGCAGCGGUACUCCCAAUCCCUACAGAGGGGGCUUCUCCGCCCAUUCCACGCCUCCUCCCGGGGCCUCACCGGACUACUUGGACACCUACAAGCGAGCCCAGCUGAAGGCACUGCUGUCCCAGGUCAGCCCGGGUCUCCCCCCGCGACUCCACAAGGCCAGCACCAAGGAGGUGGGCAUCCAGGUGAACCCGCGGGUGGACGCCGCUGUGCAGUGCUCGCUCGGGUCCCGCCCGCUCCAGGCAGUCCGACCCCAGAGCCCCUCCGGGCGUCUCAGCCGGGAGCCGCCGCUGCUGGGCGUGUACUCGCCCAUCGUGGGCCGCCGCCUUUGCACCCUGCCCGAAGUGGUGGUAGAGCCGACGGAGCAGGAGGAAGCGCCGACUUCGCAGCAGCCCUCCGAGGAGGCGAAAGGGCAGGUAUUGGAGGCGGUGGCGGUCACGGCCUCGGAGGAGGCGGCAGCGGCGACAAAUUCGGAGAAGAGAGACGAAGAGUCCGGCCAGCUUCAGGAUGGGAAAGGUGGCGUGGCUAGUACAGGUGGCAGUGCCGAAGAGGGCAAAAAAUCUACUUUCCAGAUUCUUUACAGUAGUGAUGGAAGCCUCCUGGCUUGUGGGACUUACCUAAUCUAACAAGCUGGUGUAUUCGCCCUCCAAGGCCUC